CACUUCAUGUCAGCAAUACUAUGGGUAUUCGCCCCGCCCCCAUAUCCCAGUUAGCAUUGUCCCUCCCCCAAAGAAAACGAUAAAGGACCCAACCCCUCCUCACUUACUUGUCUUUUUUGCUUAGUCUUCAUUCUAGUUAGCAUGGGACAUCUUGGCGGCAGUUUUUGAUCAGAUCCAACUCUUCAGAAAGGUUGGCGAUUUCUGAGGGCUAUUCAUUCAGUGAAACUGUCGCAUGAAGCCCCCUCAGCAGGAAUCCAAUUCCUUAUUACAGGCUGCUCCAGGUUAGUGAUUUGAAAAGUCGCUACUGGUGUGUGGGAUCCCAGGUGGUUUUUUUUACCAAACAUACUUCCUAAGGUGCAUGUUUUUCGAGUGCACGUUUUUUCGCGCUCGUGCGUAUUGUCGCGCGCACGCGCGUAUUGUCGCGCGCACGUUUUGUCGCGCGCACGUUUUGUCGCGCGCACGUUUUGUCGCGCGCACGUUUUUUCUGGCGCACAUUUUUCAGCUUUUUAAAAGAAGUCGCCAUUUUGGUAUGCUGGAAAGUGCAUACAUUUGGAAGUGGAUACUUCAGUUUUUCUGUUCCAGUCAGCACACCAGGAGGGACUGAAGUGUACUGGUGAUCUCACAGCCUCAGUUACAGCUGCCCUUGUUGCUUGCUUGCCUUAUGGAGUCCUUGCAGAGGAAAAGAAGGAAGCUUGGCUCUUCUUCUCAAGUUUGUGCAGGCUGCUUUGACGCUCCUUUGCCGGGGAAGAAAUUUUGUAAAUCAUGUUUUGGCCUUCUACUACAGGAUACGCCUGUUAGUGAAAUCCCUUCAGGCCAAGGGGCUUCAGUGUCCAGGGAGGAGUCCGACUCCUCUGAUUUCUCAGGAGAGGAAAGUCUAGAACCAAUGUCGGAAUUGUUUUCUGAGGAGGAAGAAGAGGAGACAGAAUCUUCAUCCUUUGAUUUGACCUUAAUCCCUCCGUUGAUUAAAGCAAUAAAAUUAAUCUUGGGAGUAGAAGAGGAAGCGGACGCCCAGAAGUCUAAGGUGCUCCCAUCUUCUUCAAAGCCAAAACAAUUUUUUCCUCUUUUUCCGGAAGUGGCAGAAUUAAUCUCGGCAGAAUGGGGAAAAGCAGCUAAAAAGGUCUCUUUUGCGUCUAUGACUACGAGAUUUGCAAAAUUAUAUCCAUUUAAAGAACAGGAUACCAAGAACUGGGAUACAGCCCCAGCAGUGGAUUCACCUGUGAUUCAUUUGGCAAAGAAGACAAUUUUGCCAAUUGAUGAUUCGUCAGUACUAAGAGAUCCCAUGGAUAAAAGAGUGGAGACGGAGCUUCGUAAGGCAUAUCAAGUGGCAGGAGCCUCAUGUAAGCCGGCAGUAGCUCUGGUUUCAGUGGCAAAGGCAGUCUCCUUGUGGAUCGACAGUUUGGAUAAAGCGAUUGCUGAAGGUACGGAUACAGCUGACAUUAGUGCUGGAUUAUCAGAAUUAAAGAUGGCAGUGGCAUUUAUGUCGGAAGCAGCAGUGGAUUUGACGCGGUUGGCUUCCAGGUCGAUGGCUGUGUCAGUGUCGGCAAGAAGAGCAUUGUGGCUCAGAUCUUGGGGUGCAGAUGCGGCUUCUAAGCUAAGUCUCUGUAACCUACCUUAUGUUGGGGAAAAUCUUUUUGGUCCUAAAUUACAAGAGGUCAUAGAAAAAGCGACAGGUGGGAAGAGUACUUUCCUGCCGCAAGAAAGGAAAAAAUUGAAGGCUCAACCCUUUAAAGGUUUUUUUUUUCGAGGCUCAGGAAGAGCUAGAGGUUAUGCCAGUAACUAUAGAUACUUUGGCAGAGGCAGUUCAAGACAGUCGUCUUGGAGAGGGGGUCACUCCGCAGUUAUCAGGGGGAACAGAAUCAAACUGUCCCCAACUUCUAAAAAAUCCUCCUGACGAUCAUGGAGUAAUGGAUGCUCGAGUAGGGGCAAGACUUUCAAGGUUUUACGAGGUCUGGAAGCAGUCAAUUUCAGACCAGUGGGUACUGGACUUAUUGAAAAGAGGUUACCGCAUAGAAUUUUUGUCGGUUCCAACUCUGAAUUUUUUUUUGGUUUCCCCUAUGCCUCGAGGUCAAGAAAAGAAAAAAGCCCUCGAAGAGUAUGUCCAAAUCUUGUUGGACCAGGAGGUGGUGGUGCCAGUGCCUCAGGAGGAAAGGGAAAAAGGCAUUUAUUCCCUACUUUUUCUAGUGAAGAAGGCUUCGGGAGGGUGGAGGCCUGUGCUGGAUUUGAAGAAACUGAAUUCCUUGGUGCAUCUUCAAAAAUUCAAAAUGGAGUCGAUAAACACCAUUAUUGCGGCAGUCCAGGCAGGAGACUGGCUCUUGUCGAUCGAUUUGAAAGAUGCAUACCUUCAUCUUCCGAUAGCAGAUCAGCAUCAGCGUUUUCUACGCUUUGCGGUUGGACACAGGCAUUUUCAGUUUCGGGCCCUUCCCUUUGGUCUCUCAACAUCUCCAAGAACGUUUUCCAAGGUACUCAUCACCCUGGUCGCAGAGCUAAGGAAACAGGGUCUGACGGUCUGGCAUUACUUGGACGAUAUCCUCCUAUCCGCAAGGUCUCCAGAAGUCCUUUUGUUACACAGAGAGAUUGCAAUUUCUUUUCUUCAAUCUCACGGGUGGCUAAUCAACUGGGAAAAAAGUCAGUUGCAGCCAUCUCAAUCCCUAAUUUACCUGGGGGCUCUAUUCAACACAGCAGACAAUGUGGUUCAAUUGCCACAACAGAAGAUAGAGCGCAUGGUGAAAGAGAUGGAAGAUUUCUGUCUCCAAGGGGAGGUCUCAGCGAGACGAUUUAUGUCUCUCCUAGGCUUGAUGGCAGCCUCCAUUCCAAUGACCAAAUGGGCCAGAUUCCAUAUGAGGGAGGCACAACGUUAUUUCCUGACCCAUUGGAAUCGAUGGGAAAUCAAUUGGAAUCAGUUAAUUCCUCUUUCUCCCGAACUCAAGGUCAGCCUUCAAUGGUGGAUGAACCCUUCAAAUUUGUCCAGGGGUUUUCCCCUUGCUCCAAUAAAUUGGAGGAUAAUAACAACAGAUGCCUCCUCCCAAGGUUGGGGAGCUCUCCUGGAGAGCAGUGUGGCUCAAGGAAUCUGGAAGUCUCCAUUGAAAGUGCACGCAAAUGUGUUAGAGCUAAGAGCAGUGUUUCAAGCACUGCAGGCCUUUGCUCCAGAUAUAAAAGGAAUGGCGGUAAAGGUCAAGGGAGACAAUUCCUCAGCAGUGUCCUAUAUAAGGAAACAAGGAGGAACAAAAAGUUUGCUACUAUGGAAAGCAGUAUGUCCAAUCCUGAGCUGGGCGGAGCAGAAUCUGGAGAAUCUGACAGCAGUUCAUGUUCCAGGGAUUCUCAAUCAGAAAGCGGACUUUCUCAGUCGUAUGACUUUGUCAAAACACGAGUGGAAGCUGCAUCCAGACAUUUUCCCACCGGCUAGUAGAGAAGUGGGGUCUUCCGGAAGUGGACCUCAUGGCCUCUCCGGACAAUGCUCAACUGCCGAUAUUCUAUGCAAGAUAUUUCAGCCCUCGAGCUCAGGGGACAGAUGCACUCCUUCAGCCCUGGUCGUUCCGUCUAGCCUAUGUGUUCCCACCAAUCCCUCUCCUCCUUCAAGUCCUACUGAAGGUGAUUCAGGAGGAAGCGGAGCUCAUCCUCGUGGCCCCUUAUUGGCCUCGUCGACCAUGGUUUCCUCUGCUCAGAAGACUGGCAGUAGCAGACCCGUGGCCGAUUCCUGUGAGGGAGAAUCUACUGACCCAGGGACCAGUGGCACAUCCAGACCCACACUCGCUCUCAUUGAUGGCAUGGAGAUUGAGCGCAAAAGGCUUGUAGCCUUGGGGCUCUCUGAAGCAGUGGUGGCUACAUUGCUUAGGGCAAGAAAAAGUAAUACGUCUACCACAUAUUAUAAGAUUUGGGAAAGAUUUCUCCUAUGGCAAUUGGAGAGGGCUAAUUCCUGUUUUCCACCACCUUUACCUCAGGUUUUAGAAUUCCUGCAGGAAGGAUUGAGCAAAGGUUUGCAAUACAGAACUCUAAAAGUUCAUGUAGCAGCACUUUCAGCUAUGACUGGGAUAAGAUGGGCAGAAGAUCCGUUAGUAAAGCGUUUCUUCUCAGCCACAUUAAAGAUUUGUCCUCCAAAAAGGACUUUAUCCCCUGCUUGGGAUCUACCAAUGGUGCUAAAAGCCCUUUGUGAACAUCCAUUCGAGCCUUUGCAAGAGGCGUCCUUAUGGUUGGUGACCCUAAAGACUUUAUUCUUGGUGGCAAUAGUUUCAGCAGCGAGAGUCAGUCUCCUACAUGCUCUGUCUGUAGAAGAGCAAAACAUUUCCUUUUGGCCGGAUAAAGUAAUUUUAAAGCCUCCAGACUCAUUUCUACCCAAGGUGGUUUCCACAUUUCACCUUGCACAGGACAUAAUAAUCCCUAUCAUACCGGAGGAGCCCAACCUUUCCUCAAAGCUCCAGAAGCUAGAUCCCGUGAGGAUGCUGAAACAUUAUUUGGCUAUGACUCAGUCUUUGAGAAAGUCUGGAAGUCUGUUUGUGAUACCGGCAGGUCCUCGAAAAGGGGAACAACCAGCGAAGUCUACAAUUGCUAGAUGGAUUGUGAUCUUGAUACAAAAAUCUUACAAUCUUCAAGGCAAGCAGGCACCAGCAGGGCUAAAAGCUCAUUCAACUAGGGCUGUGGCUACCUCCUGGGCAGCAGAAGCGGAGGUUUCAGAAUCGGCAAUUUGUGAGACAGCAGUUUGGUCAUCUGCUCGAACCUUCUUUAAAUUCUAUCGUUUGAAUGUUAAGAAACCUUCUCAACAUAAUUUUGCUUCCGCAGUUCUGCGGUCUUUUUCUGUUAAUUAAAAGCUGUUUAUGCCCCCCCUCUGGUUUGGUUGUCAUUGCUUGGGUAUAACCCAUAGUAUUGCUGACAUGAAGUGGCCAGGAAAAAUGAAAUUUCCUAUCAUACUUACCGUAAAUUUCUUUUCCUGGCCACUUAUCAUGUCAGCAAACCCACCCUCUGUUGACUAAAUUAUGAGACAAGUAAGUGAGGAGGGGUUGGGUCCUUUAUCGUUUUCUUUGGGGGAGGGACAAUGCUAACUGGGAUAUGGGGGCGGGGCGAAUACCCAUAGUAUUGCUGACAUGAUAAG